UCACUUUCCAAAUCAAGCCAAUUUCAGUUUCCCGGUCCUAAAAAAAUGGCGCCUAUAGUAAAAGUUGCAGUAAUCCAACUCUACCCCGAACCUUUACAGCCUGAACAAAACUUCGCAAAAGCCUGCACCUUCAUUCGAUCCGCAGCCUCACAAGGCGCUGACCUCGCCGUGCUGCCAGAAUAUCACCUCACGAAUUGGCAGCCGAAAGAACCUUCUUUUGCCACUUUGUGCGAACAAUGGGAAGUCUAUUUAAAAGGGUAUCAGGCGUUGGCGAAAGAGUGCGAGAUUUGUAUUGUUCCUGGGACGAUUGUGGAGAGUCAUCAAGGGGAGGGGGAGGGGGAGGGGGAGGGCGAUAGAUUGUUGAAUGUAGCGUAUUUUAUUGAUGGGGCUGGGGAGGUCAGGGGGAAGUAUGUUAAGAAAAACCUUUGGGGUCCCGAACGCGACCAUCUAACUGGGUCCGGGCGGGACGACCACCCCGUCUUCGACACACCCUUUGGCAAAGUCGGAAUGCUAAUAUGCUGGGAUUUGGCGUUUCCGGAAGCGUUCCGGGAACUGAUAGCACAAGGCGCGAAAAUUAUCAUUGUCCCGACGUUCUGGACACUAAAAGAUUGCAACGAGGCGGGGUUAGCGCUGAACCCGAGUUCGGAAGUACUGUUCUUGGAUAGUAUUUUGACGGCGAGGGCGUUUGAGAAUACAUGUGCGAUUGUGUUUGCGAAUGCUGGUGGCCCUCCUGGACACGGUUACGCUGGAUUAUCUCAGGUUACGGUGCCUUUUGUAGGAGCGUUGACUAGGCUCGGCAGCUGUGCGGAGGGAAUGAGUGUUGUCGGUGUGGAUAUGCAGAUCUUGGAAGAUGCGGAAGAGAACUACAAUGUAAGGGGUGAUUUGGCGAGGGAUGAUUGGCAUUAUGAUUAUCGACACUCGACUAGAAAGGAAAGCUAG